UCUUCAUCACAACUUCAAAAGUCAUCAAGAACUUUCAACAAAACUCAUAACAAUUUCCCAACACAUCAAAAACUAUGGAUAACAACUUCCGAUCUCCACCACCACCACCACCACCACCUUCCUCUGAUCAAAGCUACACCAUAGUAAUAUUCGUUUUCUCAACGUUCGGUUGCAUCUUACUUGGCCUAGCUAUUCUUGCUUUUUGCACAUACUUCUUGAAGAAAAAGAAGAAGAGCACAAUACUAGUUGAAGAAAAAGAAGUGAAACACAUUGAUGAUCAUGUUAAAAUAAAGGAAGCAAUUGUUGAAGGACCUCAUGGGAAACUUGAGACAAUAGUACUCUCAGUGGAAGAAGAUUUGCAUGAACAAGAUGACAUUGUAAGGACAAAGAAAGAGUUAGAAGAAGUUCAUCAUCAUAACUUCUUACAUGCUAAUAAUAAAUCUUCACAAAUUACACCUUCUGCUCUUGAAGCUGCCCAUAGACAAACUUAAUUAAGCAUCAAUUCAUGAUUUUUAUUUUAUUUUU